GGGUUUUCUCCUAUAUAUCAUUCAUGUAUUCUCUCUUUUCACUUGAGAAAAAACCAUAAUUCAAUAUUCAACAUGGUCUCAGAGCCUGAUCUCCUUCUUCUCCCUUCACGUUAAACACCGAAGGAAAAAAAAAUCCCGGCCGCUAGGGUUUCUGAUGGCGCCCGCCUUUGCUGAUCCUAUGGAUCGAUUACCUACAGGCCUCAAGUUGUUCGUCUGGAAUCUUCAAUCUCUCACACCGGUAAAGCUUAACAAUUCCAAUUAUCCUUCUUGGUCUGCUACUAUACGUGCCAAUCUCAUGGCACAUCAUCUUCUAGGUUUUGUUAAUGGUUCAGAACCCGCACCUCCUUCGCUGCUCCUGGACAAGAAAGUCGCGGCCCCGGCAAAAGACGAACCCCCUAGUAUGAAACCUAAUCAAGCAUAUGAGACUUGGAUGAUUGUCGAUGCACAAACCCGGGCAUGUCUUUUGGCUAUUGUUUCACCCACUUUUCAAACACAUAUCCAUACUUUGCCUUUGGCAGCAGCGAUCUGGGAGCAUCUUGACCAACGCUUGGAGAUUCGGCUCUCUCUUCCUCUUCGGAUGCUAAUAAUGCCAUUUUCAGAAAUUCUAGACAAGGAAACUCUCGUGGUUGUGGUCGAGGGGGCUACCGAAGCAGGGGUGUGCCUCCCCAUGGUGGAGCGUACGACGACAGAGGAGGCUGCACGGCCCAGCCGCAACAAUACCGCGAUGCCGGCAUACACGAUGGGUUUCGAGACCGCCCCAUUACAUGUCAGCUUUGUGGUAACCCAGGACAUGCGUGGGGGCCUAACAAGUGGUAUCAGAGCCAAGGUGCAGAGCUCGGGUGAUCUGAGUUGCAGUCUAGGGAGGAAGGAGAUAGAGCAAGGAGCAAGAGGAGGGCGUGCCACUUCAGUGGAGGAGGUGGUGGUCCAGUCAGCAGAGGUGGGUCCAGCGGACUUCAUGUUGUGGCAAUGCACGAUUCAAGACUAUUUGGUCCAGCAAGGUCUUGAUUUAGCAUUGCAAGAUGAGAAGCCAAGUGAUAUAAAAGAAUCAGAGUGGAGUACAAUCCAGAAGAAGGCUGUCAGCACAAUUCGGUUGGCACUGUCCCCACAGAUAAAAGUGACAGUGCUGAAAGAGACAUCACCAAAGAAGUUGUGGGAAACGUUGGAGAGCAAGUUUGCGUCGAAGACACUUACUAACCGGUUGAUGAUGAGGAUGGACUUGUACUCACUGAAGAUGGAAGAGGGAGGAAGGACUACACUGCGACUAGAUGAGGUGACGACUGCCUUGAAGGAGAGUCAAAGGAUGAUGGGAGGUGAAGAGUCUUCCGGGGACAGUCAUUUACUAGCUGCUGUGAGUGUUGAGAAAGAGAGGAAGAAGAAGAGUGACCAACUUUGGAGAAGAUCUCAGCUGAGAGACAUGAGCACUGUUAGGUGCUAUUACUGUGAAAAGUUGGGUCACACGAAGAACGGUUGUCCAGAACUCAAGGAGGACUUGCAGAUCCUAAAGGAGAAGAAGGGCAAAUCGAAGGAAGCUUCUUCCGCAAAUUGGGGGCCUAACAGAGAGCGAGUGAGGCGGCGUUAGGGGGGGCUGGUAGAAAUAUUAAGGGUUUAUUAUUUAGGGCUGGACUUAUGGGCUUGGUUUAGUAUAGUGUGAGGGGUGGCGGGCUGGGAUAUUACACUGGGCUGGGUGGGCUGGGCAAUUGGGUUGGAUUAUGGGUUUGGGUUAGGAAAUUUAUACACUAGAUAAUGUAGAAAAAAACAUUUUAGGUCAUUUAUGUAAUAUUAUAUUCUAAAAUUCUAAUUUAAUUUUGAAUAUAUUAUAUUAAAACACAUUGAUAUCAGACUAUGAAUAUAAAUCUUUAUAUUAUUUAAGAAUACUAAAUUUUAAUGGUGGAU